AUGGACCGGGAGCGUGGGAUCGAUGCGGCGUGGUUCGUGAGAACGGAUGAGGAUGAGACGAGCGAGGGGACGGCGAGCGGAGGGGGGUCGAUGGAACGAGCGCGCGGGGCGGAGGAGGCGACGCGCGAGGCGACGACGCCGGGCGACGACGGCGACGACGACGACGCGUACGAGCUCGGUGAACGCAUGGAUGACGUGAGCGAGAGCGAUGGAUACGAUUAUGAUGAUUUUGAGGGGGGGGCGGAGGCGUUGAUGAGCGUCAAGGAUGAGCUCGCGGCGGCGCGGACGGGGAGUAAGACGUCAAAGGGAGCGAAGGCGAAAGCCGCGGGCGAGCCGAAUGGCUCGUUGAAGGGUGACGCCGAGAGUAGGGACAAGCGGAACCAAUCGAGAGAAAAUCGUCGCGUGCGACAGUUCCGAAGCGCGAGUGAGAUCACGCAGGAAGAGCUGUCGAGCUGCUUUCACCUACCGUCAGAGGCGGCGUGUCGCAAGCUCGGCGUGGGGUUGACGGUGCUCAAGCGUCAGUGUCGUAAGUACGGCAUCAAGCGCUGGCCGUUCCGGAAGAUGAAAUCGCUCGAUCGGCUGAUCACCAACGUCCAAGCUGGGAUCUCCCCGGGCGAUCAGAACAGACUUCUCGUGAAAUCGGUGGAGGAGCUCGAGGAUCAAAAGCGCAAGAUGGAGGAGUGCGCGAUGUUGGAUCUGGACGACACGACGAAGAAACUGCAGCAAGCGUAUUCAAAGGCGAAUCACAAGGCGCGAAGAAACCGAGGCGAGGCGACGCGUAUUCGUGUGCACGCGGCCGCGAACGCGGUGCGCGAGCUUGAGGCUCGACGUCGCGGCGGAUACGGAGACGAACCGAACGGAGCGGGCGAAACCUUGCUGGAGCUCGCGCACAAGAUUCACGACAUUACCGUGCCAGUUAAAGCCGCGACCGAAGCACCUGUACUCCCGCAGGUAUUAACGGGAUUCCCGGCGACGGCGCCGCCCGCGAUGCGAGGUGAAACGACGCCGGUGAAGCGAGACGACGCGACGCUCAAGCCGUUGCUGAGCAACACGCCGACGCCGCCGGCUGGGAACGGAGUCAAGGUUGAGAUGGAAAGUGUAGAAGGUAAGAAGGCGUCUACGUCGUCGAAUCCGAAACCGAUGAAAGGUGAUCUGGUGGCGGCGAAUUACGUGGGGCCGCCGGAGAAAGUGUUGACCGCCGUGCGAGGCGCGUGGUCGCCGGCUCGACCGGCUCGGAGAACGGACGAUCCCAGCGACACCGAAGCCUUCCUGUCGCCGAGAGGUCGAUCCGGGGGGUCUCGGUCGGCGGAUGAUGACGAUGGAAAACUUCCUCCGAAACCGCGCGGUAGAGGCCGUCCGCCGGGGCCGUCCAAGCGUGGUCGCAAGCGUAAGGGUGGCGACAUGGACGACGAUCCGCUCGCGUCGCUCGCCGCCGCGGCGCUCGAUUCCAUGGGAAACACUCGACCCGCAUCGCGCAGGCCGGGUCGAAAGCCCUCCGUGGGCAUUGCGUCUUCUGAAACCGCGAAAGCGAACGCGAAUGGAAGGACCAAGUCCGCCGUGACGGAGGAUCAUCCCGCCUUUGGAUUGGCUCCAGUCGUCAAGGGCGCGCGAAGCGGCGCGCAGUCGCGCUUGAGUGGGAUCGAGCGCGCUGAGCUCGAACACAUGUUCCGAGAUCGUCUCACCAAGGUCAGAGACUCCAUGUGUGAGGCGUUCCAGAUCGACCCGACCGAGUGCGAGGUGCACUUCAGCCCGAAACUCCAAGCCACCAGUCUCGCCACCGCGGUGGAGAAGCUCGCGACGCGAAACUCGAGAUGA